AUGGCACAGGGGCGCAGCGCCCGCUGCGCUUUGUUCGCCGCCCUGGUACUAUGCCUGCUCGCCAUCACCGCUCAGGCGGCGCGAUCUGUCCCAGCACCUGCGCCAGCACCAGGGCCCAGUGUCGAUUUCACUGCACCUUGUAAGUGCAAUCCAGCGUUUCAGGCUACCACAGGAGAGUGCAGGAAACUCUCGCUGGCCACACCAUGGAGCUGCAUGGUUGACCCUUCAAAUCCCCAUCCAGAGUACCCGCGCCCAUAUCUACAGCGCGCGAUCUGGAUGAGUUUGAACGGCAUUUGGGACUGGGACCGCCUAGAGGGCUGGAAGACAGAGUUCACCCCAGCGGCUAGAAAUUAUUCAUACGAGAUUGUGGUGCCCUUUGCUCCGCCCUCUGACCUCUCAGGUUUGGCGGCUCCGUACAGUAAAGAUGGGUUUACCCGCAUGGUUUACCACCGCACCUUCAAACUUCCCACAGCAUGGAGAAGCCUGCCCACAGCCCAGAAUGUCAUGCUUCAUGUGGAUCGUGUUGAUUGGGAGGCAGAGGUAUUUGUCAAUGGGGUUACUGUAGGCCUCCACCGGGGCGCGUAUAACCGAUUCUCCAUGGACAUCACCCACGCUCUUACAAAGAGCAGAACCGGGCAGCACGACCUUGUCAUAAGGGUCUUUGAUCCGAGUGAGUCAGCCCACAUUGUCCUCGGAAAGCAGCGCAUGCACCCAGAUUCCACGAUUUUCUACAAGGGAGUCGAAGGAAUAUGGGGCAGCGUUUGGCUGGAGCCGGUGUCCAAAUCGGGUGUACAGAGGUUGGAAUUUGCGCCCAACAUCGACACAAGCUCGCUGAGGAUCAAAGCAGUGGCGAUUGAUAGGAACGCUUCAUCUGGAAUGAACCUGGCGGUCACUGCCAAAGCUGAUGGCAAGACGGUGGCAACAGGACGUGGAAUCCCAGGGACGCCUUUUGAUAUUGCGAUCCCAAAUAUGCGAUUGUGGGCAGGGCGAUCUGAUCCUUUCCUGUACACGAUCGAGGUUGACGUCACUGACAACUCCACACAGGAAGUGGUGGAUCAUGUUGAGAGCUCCGUUGGGAUGAGAAAGUAUUCCCUGGCACAAGUGGAUCCCACCAGCCCUGACAGCCCCAUCCGGAUUUUCCUCAACAACAAGCCCCACACUCUAUUCGGGUUCCUUGACCAGGGGUUCUGGCCUGAUGGCAAAUACACUGCCCCGACAGACGAGGCUCUGCUGUACGAUAUCCAGGCUGCAAAACGCAUGGGAGCCAACGUUCUGCGCAAGCACAUAAAAGUGGAACCUGACCGCUUCUACCACCAUGCCGACAGGGAGGGUCUAAUCAUCAUCCAAGACAUGCCAAGCAUGUACUUUGCUGGUGAUCUGCCGGGCAGGCUCCAUCCAGAAAUCCUGCCUGGAGAGAAGCAACAGUUCGAAGCCGAGUUCAAGCGCAUGAUUGAGGAUCACAGCGCUAUGACUUCCAUUGGUCUGUACUAUACCUUCAAUGAGGGCUGGGGCCAGUAUGACACUCAGCGCAUCGUUCAGAUGGGCCAUGACAUGGACCCUUCAAGACUGUGGGGUGCUGCUUCCGGCUGGAUUGACCCUCAGGACAGAACAGCAGACGAUUUGAAGAAGGAAUACGAGCACUACACCGGCUAUGUGGGCGACGUCAAAGACGACCACAACUACCCAAACCCAGUCAGCACCGGGGCAACCUCAACUCGUGCAUCGAUUGUUGGGGAGUACGGCGGCAUUGGCAUGUGGCUUGAGGGUCACAAUACAUUCUCCCGUUCAGACGCCGCGGAGAAGCCGGGCAAUGGGCCAUACGCGGACAACAGCACACAGCUGCAAGAGCAGUACUUGAAGCAUCUGUCAACCAUAAAGGACCUCGUGCAAGGGAGCACAGGAGUCAGUGCGGCCAUAUACACCCAGCUCACUGAUGUGGACACUGAGCCUAAUGGGAUCAUGUCCUAUGACCGCAAGGUCAUCAAGUUUGCUGACCUGGCGGUCGUCCGAAAGAAGACUGAAGAGCUCCUGUCUGCACCUGUCAAUUAG